AUGGUUUCGACCGAUGAUUUUUUCGAUUUCUUUUUCAAGCCUUCGAAAGGUGGCGUCUCGAAUGAUCCUGAUUGGUGUCGAGACCAAGACAAGGGGGGAGAAGAUAGAAGCAGACUAGACGACGAAUGCACGCACCGAGAAAAGGCAGGAGGCGACAGAUGCAGGGAAGAUGACGAGGAGCGGAAACGAGAGGACGAGAGGCGAGGACCGGUAGAGAGCGGGCGGAGUAUAUUGUCGGAUAGUUCGGUCGAAACGACGCCAUCAGAUUUUCCGAGGGUAGAAAACCCGGGGAGAAACGCUGGCGACCUUGCGGCGAACGCGUUAUCAGCGAACGCUUCAGGAGUCGGAGAUACGGCUGCGGAGGCACAGGGUACUGUUUUGGCAGCAACUUCGGGUGGUAGAGACGAAGUUGGAGUAGGAACGGGAGGAGGGGAACGGGGAGAGAGGAGAAGAGAGGAACGUGAGGAAGUAAAAUGGGGAGGAAAAAAAGGAGGAUGGGGAGACAAGAACGGAGGUUUGGGAGGGGGAGUGGAAGAGGCAGGAAGGAAAACAGGAGAAUUUGCAGGAGCAAGAAGGGGAGGCGAGAGUUCAAAAGAGCAUGAUGACGCAGAAGGAGCGAGUGGUAGCGUGGCUGUGAAGCAUGCUAGGGCACUGGCGUGGGAGGACUAUUUAGAGGAAGAAGAGAGGAGGAAGGAGGCAGAGUGGGAUAGUUAUGGAGGUGUGUGGGGAAGUGAGGAGGUGGGCGAAGGGCUGGUGGUGUGGCCAGUAGAGGGCGAAAUUGACGAAAAGAGUAACAGGGUGACGUCGCCAGAGAGUGGGAGCGACAAGGAUGUGGUGAGGGUGCCAGCGUCUAUAAGUAGGCACCUGAUGGAGCAUCAAAAGGAGGGGGUGCGGUUCUUGUACCGACUGUUCCGACACAGCACGGGCGGCAUUCUGGCAGAUGACAUGUACGUGACUAUAGUGGAGGCGGGUGCAUGGGAAGUGGCUGUUGUAGCGGUGACCACUUGGAUCGGAGGCGGCUUGGGCAAGACGAUUCAGGCGAUCGCGCUGAUGGCAGCAGUGCUGGGAAAGACAGGCUCAGCUGACGACAUGGCUGCUCCCUCAGUUGCUUUGACUGCAGCCGCACCACAGGCAGCUGCGGUCUCAGCAGCGGCUGCUGCUGCAACAACCACAGCAGCAGCGAGGGAAAGAGAGCCAACGACGGGCCAAUUGGGAAGCAGUGCAGGGGGGACAGCAGCGGGAGGGAGUAGCGCAGGAGGGGCAGCAGGGAGGGCAAUACUGGUGGUGGUGCCGAGCUCAGUGCUGGGCAACUGGCAGGAGGAGCUGAAUCGGUGGGGGCACUUCCGAAUCUCCAUCUUCCACGGGUCACACAGAGAGACUGCUCUGGUGCAGCUGCGCUCAGGAUGGGCCGAGGUCGUGCUGACCACGUUCGACACGUUCCGGGUUGCAGCUGACACCCUCUGCCCGCACCCCUGGCUCAUGGCGAUAGUGGACGAGGUGCACAAGCUGCGAAGCUACAGCUCCGCUCUUUUCCAGUGUGCGGAUCGCAUCAAUACUGCGCGUCGCUACGGCCUGUCAGGCACAGUCACGCAGAACGAGUUUCGAGAGCUGUGGAGUGUGCUGCAGUGGUGUGCGGAUCGCAUCAACACUGCGCGUCGCUACGGCCUCUCAGGCACAGUCAUGCAGAACGAGUUUCGAGAGCUCUGGAGUGUGCUGCAGUGGGUGCGGCGGGGCUAUCUGGGCUCUCUCAAGGAGUUCAAUGAGCAAUACAGCGACCCUCUCAGGCUGGGUCAGCGCAAGGGGGCUCCCCACCCUCUCGUGGCUCGGGCACAGGCUCGGCAGGCGGAGCUGGUUCGGGCGCUGGCUCGGGUGCUGCUUCGGCGGCACAAGGAUGACCUCCAGGGCUCGCUGAAGCUUCCAGGAAAGCGCGACAUGAUCGUGGUUUGCCCGAUGACGUCACUCCAGAGGAGGGUGUAUCAACGCUGUCUGAAACUGCCGGACUUUCAGCUGCUCUCAAGAAAGGACGAGCGAUGCAGCUGUGGUGGGCCAAGGAAGCGCAGCGAGUGCCACCAUAAAGGGGACGGGGGCGAGGAGAUGGGAGGGGGAGGCGUGCUGUGGUCGUCCCUCCACCCGGACGGCCUCUGCUGCCCGCGCUGCCCCUUCUGCGUGCUCUUCCCCUGCCUGUCAAAACUGCAGCAGGUGGGUGAGUGGGUGCCGCAGAUCAGCAACCAUCUGGAGCUGUUAAAGCCCAACCUCAGGGACCCUCCAGACAAGCAAGCUAGGGAUUCAUUCUCUGCACCUCCUUCUCGACCCGGCCUCUAUCACCUUCCUCCCGUUCCUCUCCUCCUUUCCCCUUUUCAGAUCAGCAACCACUUGGAGCUGUUAAAGCCCAACCCCAGGGACCCUCCAGACAAGCAAGCUAGGGAUCACGCAUUUGCCAGGCUGGCGCUGGCCGGCGAUGCUGACCUGGCGGGCGGUGUGAGGGCGGCGAGCGAUCUGCUGACACUGGGCAGCAGUGAGCACUGUGGGAAGCUGAGGGCGCUGGAUCGGUUGCUGAAGCAGUGGUGUGGGAAGGGCGAUAAAAAUGCUGGACGUGCUUCAGAGGUUUUUAGAGGCCAGAGGGAUCUCCUUCUCUCGCUUUACCUCUAUCCACUCGUCUCGUCAGAAAGGUCACCCCUACGUCACCUGCUCGUCUCUCCCCCUGCUCCAUGCGUCUCCCCUCAACUCAGAAAGCUGGACGUGCUUCAGAGGUUUUUAGAGGCCAGAGGGAUCUCCUUCUCUCGCUUUACCUCUAUCCACUCGUCUCGUCAGAAAGGUCACCCCUACGUCACCUGCUCGUCUCUCCCCCUGCUCCAUGCGUCUCCCCUCAACUCAGAAUGCUGGACGUGCUUCAGAGAGGUUUUUAGAGGCCAGAGGGAUCUCCUUCUCUCGCUUUACCUCUAUCCACUCGUCUCGUCAGAAAGGUCACCCCUACGUCACCUGCUCGUCUCUCCCCCUGCUCCAUGCGUCUCCCCUCGACUCAGAAUGCUGGACGUGCUUCAGAGAAUGCUGGACGUGCUUCAGAGGUUUCUAGAGGCCAGAGGGAUCUUCUUCUCUCGCCUUGAUGGCUCUACCUCCACAGCAAUGCGCCAGACCCUCGUGCACAGCUUCAACUCCAGCCCUUCUAUACAGGUGUUCCUCAUAUCAACCAAGGCAGGCGGUAUCGGUCUCAACCUGGUCAGCGCCAAUCGAGUGAUCAUAUUCGAUCCCACGUGGAACCCUGCCCAUGAUCUACAGGCUCAGGAUCGCUCUUUCCGAUUUGGGCAGACGCGGCACGUGUCGGUAUACCGACUGGUGGCGGGCGGGACGGUGGAGGAGGUGGUUUACCUGCGGCAGGUGUACAAGCAGCAGCAGACCAAUAUCGCGAUUGAAGGGGCCACGGAGAACCGAUACUUCACAGGCGUGCAGGGUUCCAAGGCCCAUCAAGGGGAGCUGUUUGGAUUGGCAAACCUGUUUCAAGACCGCAGCACGAGCAUUCUGGAUGGGGAGGAGGAGGAAGAGGAUGAGAUUGAGGAUAGUGGGGGUGAUGAUGUGAACGGGGAGCAAGCAGAGGGGAUGGGUAGUCAUGCACAUGGCAUGGGGCAUGAUGCAAAUGCCAUGGGUCAUGAUGCACAUGGCAUGGGCCAUGACGCACAUGGCAUGGGCCAUGAUGCACAUUGCAUGAGCCAUGAAGCACAUGGCAUGGGCCAUGACUCACAUGGCAUGGGCCAUGACGCACAUGGCAUGGGUCAUGAUCCACAUGGCAUGGGUCAUGAUGACUAUGCCAUGGGGUCUAUACCGGACGAGCUUCUUGAUGCUGGCGUGGUAUACACCCAUGUGAAUGAUGACGUCAUCAGGGGCCACAAUGGCUCCAGGACCGGCACCCGAUUGGCUGCUGCACCCUUGGAUGACUGUCCAACCAAGCCCCAACUUCCGUCUCGCCCUCCUCCUGCCUCAGUCACGCCCUGCACUUUGUCACGUUCAAUAAAGAAGCAGGAUCGGGCGGCAGGAUCAAUGAAGAGGAAGAGGAGCGGGGCGAGGGCGGGAAUUUCCGGGGAGAGUGGAGUGGUGGAGGAUGGUGGUGGAGGGAAGAGGAAGGGAGAUGCACAAGAGCAGCAAAAGGGGCUGAAUACUAGAAAAAGGAUUAAGGAGGGUGGAGUGGAGGCUUCGGCAGAGCGGCUUAUGCCGCGACAGCUGCUUAAGCAACGAGUGGAGGUACGCCGAGAGAAGCAGCGCCUUGCGACAUCAACGAAUGUGAAGGCGGAAAUGUUCGCACGCAUGGCUGCUUGGGUUGGAGAACCAAGCGACGGGGUGGCUCUGGAGGAAAACGGGAACAUAAGAGCGGUCCAGCCCGGUGCUGAGCCGACUGAGUUCGGUAAGACCCGGUUUGAGUCGGUUGAAAAGUUUGAGAGGGAGGAGACGGCGGAGAGCAGUGCGGAGGAUAUGGAGCUUCCGAUAGGGAGUGGCGGUGGAAUCGAGGAGCGGAGCGGAAUGGCUGCGCAGGAGAAUGACAUCCUCUCGCCUCCACUUCACCUUUUCCCUUCCCAAUGCCGUCUAAGCCCGCCUUUCCCCAGAGAGGCUGCUUCACUGCGCGGACGCUUCGAUUUGCUCUCCCUUCCCCGAAAAACGACUUUUCCCGUCCGUCCAAUUUCAUUUCCCAUCGUAUCCCGCACCUCCUUCUCCAUCCUCCCCCCACCUCCCUUCCGCCCUCUUCCCCCCCCCCCCCCCCCACACGCCCCCCUCCCGCUCCGCCCAGGCGGUCUGAGCCAGCUUCCCCCUGGGGCGGCAGCGGCACUGCGCGGGGCGCUGCGGUGGGCUCCGCCCGCCCCGAAGAACGACGAACCCAAGCGGCUGAAGAUUAACCUGGACCUUGACAUCUACCGCGCGCGCAACCUGUUCCGCAUCGGCAAGGCGCAAGACGCGGAAGGGCUCAUGCGCAAGGCUGUGCGCGACUGGCCGGACGACGGGCGGCCGUACGUGGUGCUGGGGCGCAUGCUGCAGCGGAAGGGCAGGCUGGGAGAAGCGCGCCGAGUCUUUGAAGACGGCUGCCAGGCGCUGGGCGGAGAUAACGCGUUCAUCUGGCAGACCUGGGCUGUGCUGGAGGCGCAGGCAGGCAACGUGGAGAAGGCGCGUAAGCUGUUUGAUGCUGCCACGGUGGCAGAUGAGAGACACGUGGCAGCAUGGCAUGGGUGGGCGGUGCUGGAGCUGAAGCAGGGGAAUGUGCGCCGGGCGAGGGAGCUGCUGCAGAAGGGGCUAAAGCUGUGUGGUGGGAACGAGUACAUAUACCAGACUCUGGCGGUGAUGGAGGUGCAGAGUGGGCGUGUGGCAGAAGCAAGGGCGCUCUUCCUGCAGGCCACAAGGAUGAAUGCCAAGAGUGCCGCCAGCUGGCUGGCAUGGGCACUGCUGGAGGCUCAGCAGGGAGAUGGCGCCUCUGCUCGCCUGCUCUUCCAGCGUUCUCUGAAUGCCAGUCCCAAGAACCCCUACACGUGGCAGGCGUGGGGGCUGUUCGAAGCAGCCCAGGGGAGGUACGACCGGGGGAGGCUGCUGCUGCAGCGGGGGGCGCAGCUCAACCCUAAAGACGCAGCACUGCUGCAGGCGCUGGCUCUGCUGGAGUAUGAGUGCGGCUUCACAGGGACGGCCAGAGAGCACUUCAGUCAGGCUUCACUCGUUGACCCCAACCACCAGCCCGUGUGGACGGCGUGGGGGUGGAUGGAGUGGAAGGAGGGGCGCGUGCAGCGAGCAAGGGAGCUCUACCAGAGGGCUGUAGAGGGCAAUGACUCCUCUCCCAACGCUGCCAGAGUGUUCCAGGCAUGGGCAGUGUUGGAGGAACGGGAGGGCAACAUAGGGCUGGCGAGGGCGCUGUUCAAGAGAGCACUGGCAGCAGACUCAGGCAACUCGGUGGUGUGGCGCUCGUGGGCUGCCAUGGAGGAGAGGCAAGGGAAUGCCGUGCGGGCAGAGGAGCUCAGGCUGAUGCGCCUGCAGCAGCGCACUGAGGUGAUGGAGCCAGCCACGUGGGACCUAGGGGGCAUCAUCGGGCCAGCCAUCGACCGCAUGAAAGCCCUCUUCAGCCCCACGCGGCCCAUGCCAUUCUCCUCCUCUCGAACCGAUGUCUCCAGUAGCAGCAGCAGCGGCAGCAGCAGUAGCAGCGGUGACAGCAGCAGUAGGGAGGGUACCAGCAGCAGUGGUGCUGCAGUUGGGGAGGCAGAGGGGGGUUCUGCGGCUCUUCUGGAUGAGUACGGCGAUGAGAUGGAGGAUUUUGACGUUGAUGGUUUUUUAGCUGCCCGGCUUCCGAAGCAGUUUUCCAAGCUCUUGGAUGAUGUGGAUGGGGUGGGAAAGAGCAUCUGGAGGAAACCUAUUACUGCUGAGGAUAUGCGGCAGAGAAGGUUUUGGGGGGAGUUUGAGAGGGAAGCGGAUCGAGGAGUGAGGGAGGCAAAUUGA